UGAUUAUUCCCCUGGAUCUCGACCAAAGUUUUCCUGAGUGCGGUGAUCCUCAAUCAGAGCCGGUUGGGUUCCCAGCCUCAUCUGGAGGAUUGACAACUCGCAACCAAGUGGGAAUGUUUUCCCUUUCAGAGUCAAGAGUUCUAGCAGCGGGUUACUCCAUCCGACCAACAUCCUUGAUAGAUACACUCUCCUUCUGAGUGAAAGUUGGAAACUGUCAUGUUGUUCCGUUUCAGACGCAUCUAGGUAAAGCCUGGAGGGAUGUCGGGCGGCAUGGAAAGGGUCUGCCACCGAUGUAUCGCAAGAAUCGCCAGCAAUGCUUGCUUUAUCUUUGGUCUGCUGGCCUUCCUUGCUCUGCCUCUCACAAUGGCUUUUGUCGGGAUGAAGUUCCUGGAGAGCUGCCCCAUCCAGCCGCUGAUCCCCUUGUAUCUGCUGGUGGGAGGAGUUAUCGGCAGUCUGAAGGUCUCCCUCCUACUCUACGACUCCACCAAGAUGAGGCACCUCCUCAACAAGUCGGUGAUGAUCGGCGAUGAUGAUGAUGACGAGUAUCCGUGGCGACAGAAUCUUCACCGCUACUACAUCCACGUCACUCUCAGCCUCUUCCUCUUCGUCUGGUUCAUCCUCGGCAACUACUGGGUCUUCUCCCAGUUUCUCCCCAACUUCAUCCCGCCCUUCCACCGGCCACGGGACUACUGCGACAAGACAGUCUACGUGUUCUCUGCGGCAGUCCUGGCCAUCAGCCACAUGGUCCUGGCCCUUCUCAUUCUCUGCACUUGCUGCAUCUACUCUUUCUCAAGAGCAGGCGAGGAUGCAGAGGAGGAGGAGGAGUGAGAGGCAGGCUGGAUGCGGGGAGUCCCCAUUCAGACUCCGAGGUCCACACCUCACAACCAGCCUGACUCUUCCUGCCCAUUACAGGUCUGGCCGGCAGUAACUCUCUCGAAUGUGCAAGUUGCACACCUUUUAUUGGUGAGGAGGUGGGGUUGGACCCUCAGUUCACCCCCCCCCCCCCCCCCCCCCCCCCCCCCCCACCCC